CAGGAUUUAGAAGGCCAUGGAGAUUGCAAUAUAUACCUUCUUAACACUUGGUCUGCCUGCGACUCUGUCUGUGUCUCCGUGACUCUAACAGCUCGGCCUGGUUAAAGUAACCUCAGGAUCGUCCAGCAAACAUGGCCACUGAGAAAAGGCUGUCUGCGAGGCGUAAGCACACCCUGAAGGGUUGCAUGCUCGUGGUGGCAGGUAAUUUAUUGGACGCUGAAGCGAAUGUGAAGGCCAAAGAGAGAGAGACGUUUUUGGCAGAUAAAUGUCCUCCUGUUGAGCUGCCGUACUCCAGGGACGAGCUGUUGGAACUGUGCCAGAAGCUUCAUGAGCAGAUCAUCAUCAGUGAAGAUGAGAGAUAUGGCAUAGAGUUCAAACUGAACAUGGUGCUGAAUGAGGUCAGGGACCUCAAUAUCAAGAUUGUGGAUUUGAGAGGAAAGUUCAAGAGACCCCGGCUGAAGAAAGUGCGCAUGUCUGCUGACGCCAUGCUCAAAGCUCUGUUGGGCUCCAAACACACUGUCAACAUGGACCUGAGGGCCAAUCUGAAGCAGGUCAAGAAGGAGGUGAAAGAGGAGGACAAGCAGCUGCGUGAUGUGGGAGACUGGCGUAAGAACAUUGAAGACAAGUCUGAUAGGAAGAAGAUGUUUGAUAGCUAAAUGCGAGGGUGACUUUCAGGACAGAAAUUGGGUUUACUGUCUUUGUUAACUGAAGGGUUUUAAUCCAAAGUGAUGCAUUUCUAAUUCAUUUUACUUGAUCUGUAGAUCCUGAUCUUAGUAAACAUCAUCUAAAGGCAUAUGUUUGGUGGAAGAUUAUGGUGCUUACUAAGCUUCUGUUUUGGUACAGUAUGUGAUAAAUGGCCUUUACUUUAAUUCAAGGCUUGUGUUAAGGUGCAGUGAAAUGUAGGGAAUCUGUGAUAUGCACUGAUGCCAGUGAAGCAUGGUUGUAGUUUUUGGAUAUCUCACUUUGAAUUAUACUCGUCACUAAGCUUCCUUCAUGCUUUAGCCUGUAUUGAAACUGUACUGUGAUAUAUUUGUACUGUGUUACAGUUAGUAUGUGUCAGAUAAAUCAAUUCUACUUUUUUCUCCUUUUGCUUUUACUAAUGUGCCUACGAUGUACGUUUCCUGAAACUCUAGUUAGUGUCUGAGGUUAAAAUCCAAAUGCAAUGGACGCAUAUUUUGCAAAUAAAUCAUGACCCAUAUUCUAACUGGCCCAGCAUGAAUAAAUGAAACACUACAACAUGCUCUUUACACACCUUCAUUUGGUCAAUCCUUCACUUCUCCCUUGUUUGAUGUAGAUUGUAGAACGUCUAGUCAAGUGUUUCGUGCCACCUAGCUGUCCAAGAACCAUUAGAUCUCUGACAUGACCUGUUACCAUAAACUGUAAAUAUCAAAAGAUGGACAGACACCAUUACAUCACUUAGUGGUUUGUAAAGUCUUGUUGGGAAGCUGGUUGUCAGUCUGAUAACUGACACUGACGUGGCCAAUGAGCAUAUUCUGGACAAUUAUCUUUUCUGUCUCUUAUAAUGAGAUAAUUUAUAAAAUGGACCUAAAGUUUCAUUCAUUAUAACCUAAAACUAGUCUGGAAACUUGUCAGACCCACAAGUUACAUCUCUUAUUCUGUCUGCCAACAUGUUUCCUGUAAUACACUUUCAUUUAUUAAUUAAUUUCAUCCAUUUAUUAUUUUGCCUAGUUGCUUUGUGAAUGUAACAGUUGAUUGUUGUCUGCAAGUGCAAAUAUUUGAAGACCCCCCCCCACAUGUAGCUUCCAUGUGAAGUGCCUUAAACAGGUUGCGAACCCCCUCCAGACCUUUGCUAAUGAGACUGUGGGCUCAGUUGCUUCUGUCCUAGUCAUGUUUCAAGUAACAUUAUGCUCCUUAUGAAAGUUAUGGACCCCGCCAGUGGACGGCAGUAUAAAAAUGGUUUCUUAGUCGCAUCCCUCAGUUGUGACGUCUGGUUUUAAAAAGAUAGGAGGGCGAGCCAUCAAAAACUGGACUUUGGGAGCCGGUUUGUAACAUUACGAUGUCUUUAUCCAUAGUUCUUAUAGAGCCUGUGGGAAAUAACUAAUUUGAGAAGGCUUGCAUUUGCCUGGCAGCCUAUAAUGGAUCAAAUAAGGCACAAGGCCAGUGUAGAGGAAUAAUUGUGCUUCCUACGUUGGAGAACUGUAAGAGUACUAAAUCACUUCAUGUUUCUAAAACAAAAUGUGAUGUACUUUUACCGUCAUUUUGCUGUCACAUUAACUAGAAAAGCUUCCUGCUCAUCUUGUUCUCAGUUUUCCUGAGUUUGUAAAACACUGGAGGUUAAUUUCAUUUAACUAUUUUAUUGUACUAAGAUACUAACUGAGCUAUUUUUUACCUGUACACUUUAAAAAUUAUAGUAAUGUGAUGUUUUAUAAAAAGUUGCCUAAUUUGAAUUUAUGGAACUGAAUUAUGAUGCUUAAAGCCGUUGGCUUGCUUGUGGAAAAGGCUGAAAUAGUAGUAAUAUUUAGAAGGUGAGUAAUAACUGCAUAUAUUUAAUUAGCUGACUUCCAAAACCUGAAUCCUAAAUGUUUUUGUCAUAAAUGAAGAAGUCUGGCUUAUUUUCCACAGAGCAGAAAAGGUGAGCGUUUAAAUCACAUUUUACUAUUUUUAGAUUUUAAGCUUUUUUCCCCCCAAAUCACUUGAUUUUCUUUCCUUUCUUUGCAGAUUCGAUCACUUAGAUGUGACACAGCAUGCUUUUCCGCAAAGGUACGCUGAAGUCAAAAAUAUCCAUAAAUUUAAAAGUCUUCAUGUAGUUUGAUGGUAGUAAAAUAAACAAAUAAAAGGUUAUUCAUGCAGAUGCCACUGGGAGUACUGGUUUCAACUUUCAGCUGAAGCCUGGAGGUGCAGGUGGUCCCAGUCCUGUACAGACACGUGUGGCAUUUUGUUAAAUCGUUACCAGAUUUCACAGCUUAAAUCCAUCCUCUCAUGUCUGUCACUCCUGGCAGCAGGAAGCAAAACACUGUGAUACUUACAGUAUGAGCACAGAGCAGGAGACCCCGUGUAUGAAAACUGCAAUAAUUUUACUCCUUCGAUGGAGCAAUUAGGAAAAAGACAGAAAGAAAGAAAGCUUCAGAGUCACUAGUUCAAUGAAAAAUGCUUGAUUCACUCCCUCCAGAAAGCUUUUAUUUAGACAUAACUAAUAAUGCAUUGGACUCCUUGUUAUUUUAGCCAUAUUCUCAGUCUUUCACAUUAUUGUGGGGAAAGUUUGGCCCACUGGUCUUUACAGGGUAAAAAGGUAGACAAACAUAAACUCCCCUCUGUGUGAAUAGUUGAUAUGCUGUGUUUGGUUUUCUCCAAAUGUGCUGCUGUGCUUUAUGACCAAGCAUCUCCACUUUGGUCCUGUUUUGCUCCAGAAGUCUUGAGUCUUUUUCGAGAGAAGAGGCUUCCUCCCAGCAACCUUUCCAAACAAGCCAUAAACUUUGACAUUUAACAUGUUAACUGAGGCCUGCAGAGACUGAGCUGGACCUCUAGGGUUUUUUUUUCCACAGUUUCUGACCUUGGGGUGAAUUUGCUGGCAUGUCCACUCCUGACAUGAUUGUGUUAUUGUGUUAACACACACCUGAAAGCUCCACACCUGCAAACUGCCAAACUUCUGCUUUUGCAGAGGUGCAGAUAGUUGGUGAUGAUCAGUUAAUCAAGUGCAUUUAACUAACAGCACCUGGCUGAUAAGUACUCUCUUAUUUCCUAAUGAAGGAGUAAGGGUGGAUUUAGUUUUUCACAGGACUAAAAAGAAUCCUGUGGAAAAUUUCUCUUUCACACCACUGUGUAGGUUUCUCCUGUCGUUUUGUUUCACGGGUACACUUGGAGAUUGGAUUUUAUUAAUCCACUUUUCUCCUCCACUUGACACGUCAACAAUGUCUUGUGCAUUUGGCAUCACACUGCUCAGUGUUACCGCAGGUUAUAUUUGACCUCUGCUGACGGCUGCAUCAUAUCCUCAGAUAACAGCUGCCUCUCCACUUAGAUUCACACCAGCCAGAAUUAGAAAUGAGAGAACAGACAAGGAGAGGAGCAUUUACAGUCUCCUCCAUGCUGACCUGCAGUAACCCAUAGAAAAGUGCUGCUCACAGUACAUCCUUCUUCUCACCUUCAGGAAGGGAACCAUAAUCUCUGUCAUACUCAGAGGCCUGAACAUGAAUAAGUGUCUUUCUUCAGGACUUAGAGGUAAGAGAUGGAUGAGAAUCUGAGGGCUUGUUUUAACAUAACAGAUACUGUCUUGAUGAAAGAUUGUCAUCCAUGUUCAGCGUUGGUAGAAUCCAAUGGAGAUGAUAUGGAUUGUAUGCAUGUAUAUAUUGUAACAAGAGGGGAAUAACAGCUAUUAAUUGUAGUGUCAUUAAAAACCAAGGUUCAGUAGUGUCCAAUGCUAACUUAUGGGAGGCUGCAGUCUGUGAUCACUCUGUAUGUAAAAGAUGGAUGUAGCCAACAUGAAGUCCGACUCUACCCCAAAGAUGACUGAAACCUGCCGUGGUUCCAUCCAUGAUUAAAAUGCAGGAAUGUAAGCUUUGUCCAUCUUUAAAAUGCCUCUCUUGAGGCACUAGUGUUGCAAAAGACAACAUUCAUCUGUUUCUGCAAAUUUCCAUAUAAUUUAAGCACUUAUUGGCAUUUCAUGUGUCUUUUUAAGUAUGAGAAUAAGAAUCAAGUAAAACAAAGGCCCUCCUUUAUUUUUUACCUGUGCCAGUUUCUCCACAGGUUUAGAAUGAGCGUCGAUAUUGUCGUUAAUGUGAAAUACUAUAUGUCAUCCUUGUUUUGGACUGGCCCACUCUGUGUGCAUUGGGAAGAUUAUAAACUAUGUCCACUAGAUGGCGAAUAAAUACUGAGUUGAAACACUGCAUGCACUAAUCACGCAUCUGCAUUGCUCGUGGUACAUCUGUGGAGCGUAAUGCAGUCCAACCUGCAGGUUUGAGUUCCAGUCCAACGCAGCAGCAGCCGAUCGCACCGAUUAGCUCUUCCUCUCUGAAUCAAACGUGUUAAUUAGUGAAAUCAGCUGCUCUCAAUGUCACAUACUUCAGCUCCUCCAAAAAUUACUGUGACAAGCUGUGGUGCUAAAGUGUUACUUUGCACUUAUCAGGUGGCAAUUUUAAAUUACAGUCAAAAGUGAGAAAUGCACCUCGGUGCGUUGUAACCAGAGCAUCUUGCACACUGUUGGAUGACCACAUGCCCAUGACCGUAUACCCAGAAAGCUCAUUUACCUUUAGGAUUGUGUGGUUUUAUCAGUGAGGUGGAGUUGUUUUUACCUCCCAGUGUUGGCGAGUUUUUGGCAGCACUUGUACUGUACUUUGUGUCCAGUCCUUUAUCCUGUCGGCAGCCAGCACGGACCGACAUGUCCAAUCUGAAGGGACAGAAAGGAGGUUUAAAAGGAGGUCAGGCUGGAGGUGAGUGAGUUGAAGGAAAAUGACACCAGACCAAACACACCUGCUGAGUGAGUUUUCCGGUCCAGCCUAAGCAUUGGGCUUGUCUCCUUAUAGGGGUGUGAGCAGAAUGCUGGCAUCAUUAAUCGCUCCAGUCCAUCUCUCUCAUCACUGCUACAAGAAGUAUAAACCAAGCAUCACCUGCCUGAGCCUGAAAGUCUAAAGUUAUUCUAAAGAAAGAAACUGAUUUAAAAAAGCAUUUUUAUCACCAACGUAGUGAUUUAUUUUUUAUUUUUUGGUUUGGUUUUUCUUCCCAUUGGGACAAGGCUUUUUAGUGUGCAGCUAACACACUGCAGUUAUAUGCUGUAUUAAUAAAAAAGUUUUUUUUGUAUAUAUCUCAUGAAAAAUUGUUACAUCUGUUUUGACCAAUCAGUGAUUUAGUAAAUCUAACUUGUAAAAUUGAAGUAGAAACAAACAAAGAGCAAUAAACUGUUCACACUUUCCAAAUGUUAUCGCUGUCAGCAGUUUUCUCUGGUUGCGAGAUGCCUUUAGAUAGAUGCAUGGUAUUUUAACACUGGGAAAGCCUUAAUGACAGGCAGUAAAUCUAACUGCAAACCAUCCCUGCAGGAGGCCACAUGAACACAGAUGGUGGAUGACUCCGAGCAAACUACUACAAGCAUCAGGAGCAUGUAUCAAACUGCGUGUAAACAUAAACAUAUAGUUAUUAAUACUUUCACAUAGUGAGGAAAGGCAGCACGCUUCACUUGAGUUUCUAAAGUCACACCGGAGGUAUGGAGCGUUCCUGAAGCUCGAGUUGUAGGUCGUGCGUUUUCAUAGAAAACACCUACUGGUCUCUGUGACGGGACCGUAAACCUGAGCCCAAAUGUUGCCCCUUAAUGCUGCAUUCCCAGCAUGACUCUUCAUCAUCUGUGCAUCACUCAGACCCGUCAGCACCUUCCUCCUCAGCCGUCAGCUUAUAAGACUAUAGUCUGAUCUGCUGAACGCUUUUGGCUCUGCAGACUCUUUUACAUUCGUUCGUGGGCCUGAGGUGAUCGCCAGUGAAAAUUUAACAAACAAAGCAAUUCAGGGUUUUUUUAUGCUUUUAUUUGAUUUCCUAAAAGGCUCUUUGUAGAAUUUGGUCAGUCUCACAGCUCCACUACAUUUUUGAGCAUUAGUUACUAAAUAUAUUGUUAAUUUACAAUAUUUAUUAAAACUCUAAAACUACAAUCAGAGAAUGCUGUAUUGUUUUUUUCUUUACAUAUGUGUCUGUACAUCUGACGUAAAGUACAAGUUUCAUUUACCACUGCAUGAUUCCAACUGCUCCUAAACCAAAACAAAGUAGUGAUUAAGUACUGAGAUUUAACCAGGCUAAACAAGAGAGGUGCAUGCUGGCUGUGGAAGCAAGUAAAAAUGGGCAAAUCUCAGCAUGGAGCGCUGUGUGCCCUUAAAGUUUCUAGGUCAAAAAAGAGAGCUUCUAAGAAUGCACCAAAGCACUGAGACUGAAGAAUGAUGUGUUUGCUAUGUCCCACCAGCAUCUUUUAUAAUGUCUCCAGUGAUGGUGAAAAUGCUCAGCUUGAAGCUUCCCCUCCUGGCAGCUGUGUCCAUCGUUUAUAAAUGGUCAAAAAUAGCGAAGGAAAAAUGCUUUGAUGCGAUUUUAUGUCAUCCAAGAAAAAAACAACCUCCAUCUCAAUCUAAGACACGUAACUUGAUCCACAUGGCCCUUCUGCAGCCAGAGAAAGAUCUGGAAGCCUUUCUGAAGGCAGAGCCAUAGCUCAGAUAAGAGGUCCAAUAUGAAACAGUAAGCAGGCCAGCAAGUCAUUAAUGUGGUAUUUAUAGUCUGCAGAAAUGUGAGCUUGUGAAGCACUUUGUUUGGAGCAAUGUUUAAAAGUUAUAUCAAAGUUUUCCUGUUUGUUUGAUUAUUUGAAGCUGUGGAAGCCACCUCCGCUUGGUCCAGCGCUCUUCAUUCAUCACAGCGUUCAGUUUGAUCGCCGGAAGUGGUUUCAUGUGAUCCAUCUUCGGAAGUUACAUGAAGGCUUUAGCCCCGUCCUGCGUUCAGACGAGUCAGGCAGCUGUGGAGAUGAAGGUGACAACAUGGAGAUGCUGGGAUUUAAGUUCAUGCCAGCUUCAAAGCAUCCCGGUGGCACCCAGCAAAGUCCUAAAAUGAAAUCAGGCUCCUCCUCAAUAAACGCUGAUUUAUGGGGUGAAGUUGGAAGGGGUUGAUGAUAUUUCAGGAUCUUGCUGGCCGAUUGGUCUGAGGAUUCUGCAUUUCCAUAAACAGGAGCACCAUAUCCAUAUCUGAUACCUCAUAUAUAUACACCCCUGGGAUGAUUUCUUCUCACUGCCACUGGCCACUGCUGCCCUCCUCCUGGACUUUCCGUCUCGUCGUAGAUUGUGAAGAACAGAAACCGUAAACAUGUCUGA